CGUUUUUUGAUGAAAUACAAUGUAAUUUGGUUAUGUUUAAUGGUACUAUUCUUGGGGAAUGGAUUAAACAUGUAUAAUUAAGAAAUAAAUUGAUUAGAUAAGAAGAAUAGAUGACAUUGUAAACAGAUAAGUAAAUGAGAAAAGUUUAACAUAUUAAACUAAAUGAGAAGGUUGUGAAUGUGAAAGACUCCUAAGAUUUUUAUAAAUUUGUAGCUAUAAAUUAAAAGAGAUUGUUUGAGAAUGAAUUCAUAUAGAAAUCAUCAGCUUCUGAAAAUUUAAGAUUACACAAUUUCAAAAAUAUAUAAUAUACAGCAGAUAUAGGAAUAGGAUAAUCUGGAAAUGUAUUUAAAGUGGUUCUAGAUACAGGAAGUGCCAAUUUAUGGAUAGAUUCUAAUAGAUGUACUGAACCUGGUUGUUUGAGACAUAAAUAAUAUAAGCAUGAAGAAAGUCAUUCGUUUUUACCUUUAAAUUAAGAAUUAACAGUUGAAUUUGGAAGUGGAGAAUUAAAAGGACUUGUUAAUUCUGAUACUAUUUAUUUUGGAGAUAUUACAUUACCUAGAUAAAAUUUAGCAGAAAUUACAAGUGAAAAUGGAAUCAUUUUUAAGAGUCUUGAUUUUGAUGGAAUACUAGGUUUAGCAUAUCCAUAAAUGGCUCCUAAAAAUUUCAAUCCUGUAUUUGAUAAUAUGAUUCAAUAACGUUCAUUAGAAAAGAAUGAAUUUGCAUUCUAUUUUGCUAAAGACCCAAAUGAUAUUACUCAUAGUGAAUUUACAUUAGGAGGAUACAAUCAAGCGCAUGUAGAUGGAGAGAUUAAUUAUCAUAAUGUCAUAGAUAAAUACUAUUGGAUGAUUAAAGCUGAUAGUAUUCUAGUUGGAGGAUAAGAUAUAGGUUUAUGUGAUGAUGGAUCAUGUAAAUUAAUUGUAGACACUGGUACAUCCAUAAUGAGUGGACCUAUGGAUGAUGUAGGGACUUUAUUAAGAAAUUUGAAUGUCAAAGAUCAUUGUUAAGAAAUAAAAUCUCUUCCUACUAUAACUUUUAAAAUAGAUGGAAUUGAUUACACUCUUGAACCUGAAGAAUAUGUAAAACCUACUAAUAAUGAUAAUUCUGCUUUUGCUGAAAUGAAUACUUCUGAGGAUUGUAUUAAACUAUAUAAUUAUAUGUAGAAUCUAUGGUUGAAGUGAAUAGUUGGGAUUGUAUUGCUUCUUUUAUUCCCUUAGACAUUCAAUAACCUUAAGGACCUGCUUGGAUUCUUGGAGAUGUUUUCUUAAGGAAAUAUUAUAGCAUCUAUGAUAGAGAUAAUGAUAGAGUUGGUUUUGCUAAAUCAAAGUGAUAAUCCAUUACCCAUUAUGUAAC